CAUAGAGCACCAAGGCCCUGUGUCCUCCAUUUCUGAGGACGGACGUCAGUCUGUGAUCCACACAGAGGAUUGACGUCUAAAGCCUCAUGGUGCAUGAAGAAGCCCCGAAGCGGAGGAGGAGUCAAGAAAAGCCAUUAGGGAUGGCUCUGUCUCCGGUACGGUUGACAUUCAAGGAUGUGGCCAUAGUAUUCUCUCGGGACGAGUGGAAACGCCUAGACCCUGCCCAGAGGGUUUUCUACAGGGACGUGAUGCUGCAGAACUACAGAAACCUCGUCUCCCUGGGUGAAGAUAACUUUCUUCCAGAAGUCAAGACGUGUUAUUGUGGGAUUUUUGAAUUUGUGUGUAUGUGUGUGUCUAUGGGUACGUAUCUGUGUGUGGCUGUGUUGGCACUAAUCUUUCCAUUCCUUGAUUCGAUUGAAGAUCUGUUAACUCAGAAAUGACAAGUCUAAUAAAUGGAGAAUUUGGA